AUGGAUAAUUCAAGCAAACAGGCUAGUAAUUUCAAUAGCAGUCACACUAGUAGUCAUAGUAGUCAUAGUAAUCACAGUAAUCAUAGUAAUCAUAGUACUCACAGUAAUCCCCCCAUAAAUCUCAAAAACUUCGGUACACCUCAGUCUCAUAGGAUUCUCAUAGACCUCCCCCGUGAAUUGAUUAGGCUUGAUAGAGAUUACCGCGCUGGUGAAGUUUGGCAGUUCAAAUCAACAUUCCCCAUGGAAUUAGAGGGCAGAAUCGGUGUUGACGAGUUCAAAAUUGCCGUCGAUCAUAUAAACAACAUCCUCCUCCAAGCAUUCAAUCCCUGGAUGGCUGUACUCGAUCACCUCCUCGACACACUGUCCUUAUACACACUCAGUUGGUUCAAACAGUCUCACUUUCAAAAACACAUAUCCUCACUUGAGAAAUCCCUAAACCACAUCAACUAUUCCUCCUUCAACCCUGCUGGUUUGAAUAUUCUCAAUCCUCAGUCCAUUGCCUUUCUAUAUCUUGAAAUUGAGUUUUAUUGA